UGGCAGUAGUGUCAGAUAAUAAAUAUGGAGUUAUUUGCAAACGAAGAAAAUGACUUGGUUUUUCUCAAAUGAUUGAACUUUAUUGAUAGAAACGGUUUAAAGUACGAAUAGUGCAACGUAUGUUUCGUUUCAGUGCAAUAACAGUCGAAACAUAAAGUGUAUUAUUGCUGACAUUUGUUAUUUGGUUGGCGAACGUAAAAAAUCUCUUUGGAUUCAAGCGAAAUUUGGAUUUUUAGGUGGGAAUUUGGUCUUUGGUCUUAAAGUGGCAUUGAAUUAAUCAAACUGGAGCGUUUACCGGAAUAUCUCCGCGAUACCGUGGAUUGGUUCAUGGGAAAAGCAAGACGCAAGGAAAAAGAAGGAAAUGAAUCAUCAUCUUCUAGCGAUUCCAAGCUUUAUCUAGAGGCUACUGUUCUUGAAAGAAAACUUCCAGAUAUGGAUAUGAGACUGUUGGUCGAUUUGCCUGCUGGGUUAGACUAUAAUGAAUGGUUGGCAUCACAUACAAUGGCUCUUUUUGAUCACGUGAAUUUAGUUUAUGGUACAAUUAGUGAAUUUUGCACUCAGUCUGGUUGUCCAGAUAUGACUGGUCCUGGUCAAAGGACUUACUUGUGGUUCGACGAAAAAGGGAAGAAAACAAGAGUAGCUGCUCCACAAUAUAUAGAUUAUGUAAUGACAUUUAUUCAGAAAACUAUAACAGAUGAGAAUAUUUUUCCUACAAAAUACGCAAAUGAAUUUCCUUCAUCGUUCGAGUCAAUAGUGCGAAAAAUCGUCCGUCUGUUGUUUCACGUYGUGGCGCAUUUAUAUUCGGCUCAUUUUAAAGAAGUGGUUAUGUUAGGUUUGCAUGCGCAUUUAAAUCUAACAUUCGCACAUAUGACGGCGCUUCAGCAUCGUUUCUCUUUAAUCGAACCCAAAGAAACAGAAGUAUUGAAAGAUUUGGAAAUUGCUCUUCGAUUGACAGAAGACAGUAGUCAAGAAUCAGCGAAUAAUAACGAGAGAGGGGGUGAAAUGACAUCGGAAAGCGACGUUAAAACACACUUAGAUGAUACAGCAUAAAAAAAUGUUGAUUUUUAGGUGGGGACAAUAAAUCGUAGUUUGCCAUGAUGGUGAAUAUAGAGCUUUCGAAUAUAAUGUAUGUGAUGUAAGACGACGCCCCAACAAAAAAAAAACAUACUUUGAACCACUUAGCUCAUGUGAUUAUGACACAACAGUGACUUGGUUUUUAUUUCAAUAAUUUUUCGUUUUCUAGCGCACAUUUUAUUUAUUGUUUUAUUUUUUAUUUAUAUAUAGUGUAAAUACUUCCAGUAAUGCGCAAGAAAGUUGAUGAUUUUGUCAAGUAGAAAAGAAUUGAAGAAAUCAAUUAUUUAAAUUAAUGAAAAUAGGCUGUACUUAAAGAGGGAGCACUUAUCUUUCUUGAUUUUCUUUCACAUUUCAAAUAAAUGUUAUCGAUUAUGUCAUAAAAAUCGCAUUAAAUAUGCACAUUUCUUGCAUCAAUAAUAAAUUGUUUCUUGACACCUUUUUUCUUUUUGUUGUGAUCUAUCUAUAAAGAGGCAUUUCAAUUAUUUUCUGUACAGUGUUAAAAUUGUUCCUGAAGCUGAUGUAUAUAAAAUGUAUAAUGAAUUUUAGUUUGUUAUUUAUUAGAUUCUGUAAUGGCUAUAGAAAAUAGCAUUUGUUGAAAUUGAUAAAUAAUAAAUCACCUAAUGUUACAUA